CAAUCCCAAAAGCACCUUAUCUUCCAAUAGCCUAAUUCUUGGUCGCCCAAUUUUCAGAAGCCCCUUGUUUAUCUAGCAAUGGCAUCAAACUUCAUACCAAACCUCAGUGACUUCACCUUUUCACUUCUACUGGUUCUAGCCAUGGCGCCAUUUUUAGCCCAAUCCAGUGAGCUCAAAGAAACCCAAUUGGUCUUGUACUUCCAAGACAACGUCUCUGCUGGUCCAAAUGCCACAAGCUUACCAGUUGCAGGUAUUGCAGGCAAGCUUUGGACCUUCACUCAAUUUGGGACAGUUUAUGUCACCGACGACCCAUUUACCUCAGGCCCGGAACCAAACUCCUCCUCCAUAGGCCGGGCCCAAGGCAUAACUGUAGCAGCAGCCCUGAAUGGACGCAAUUCCCUUGUCUUGGUAUCACUUGUGUUCACAAACCAGGAGUACAAUGGCAGCACACUAGAGCUACAAGGUAACAGCAAGCAAUUUGAGCAAGUCAGAGAGGUGGCAGUAUUAUCUGGUACCGGAAAGUUUCGAUUCGCUAGGGGAUAUGCUACGUUCGAAACAUAUUUCAUGGACCCUGCCACUUUCUACUCCGUCUUGCGAUGCAACGUCACAGUGCAACAUUACUAGGAUAUCGAAGUU